AUGGUCCGUAGGGCUCUCAUUUCAGUUGCAGUCCUAGCAGCCGUUGUGCUGGCAUUAGCAAUUGGUCUGGUCUAUGGACUACGAUCGAGAAAUCACAACAACAACAACACAUCCGACUUUGCAGAAACCUGGAACAGCCCUUCAGAAUUCGUCCUCAGUAAAAACUUUUCUAUCACCCACACACCCACGACUCGCACCUAUGACUGGACCAUUUCACAGCAAACAAUUGCUCCUGAUGGUCUCGAGCGACCCAUGCUGUUGGUCAAUGGAAUGUUCCCUGGUCCUCUGAUCGAGGCUAACACUGGCGAUAGAAUUGUUGUCAAGGUCACUAACAACAUGGUGAAUGGCACUGCUAUCCAUUGGCAUGGGAUGUUCCAAAAUGGCACCAACUGGAUGGACGGAACCAUGGGUGUGACCCAGUGCGCUAUUCCUCCGGGCCAAAGCUUUACCUACAACUUCACUGUCCCGAACCAGUGGGGUACGUACUGGUGGCAUGCCCACUCUGCCUCGCAAUAUGUCGAUGGUAUUGUGGGACCGCUGAUCAUCCACAGCCCAGAUGAACCCCACCUAGACGACUACCAAGAGGACAUUAUCAUGAUGAUUAGCGACUACUAUCACACCGAUUCCGGAUCCCUUGUUUCUUGGUACCUCAGUGUUGACAGCGAGGGCACUGAGCCUAUCCCCGACAAUGGUCUCAUCAACGGUCGCCACUCCUGGGAUUGUUCUUUGGAUGCGCAGGCCCUCUUCCCCACUGACAGCAAGUGCACACCAGGCGCACCCAUGUCUGUGUUUGAAUUCAUGGCCGGGACUACAUAUCGAGUCCGUAUCAUUAAUACCGGUGCCUUUGCAGAUUUCCAGUUCUCGAUCGAUAACCACACCUUGUCCGUGAUUGAAGCCGAUGGCGUCGAUAUGCAGCCCGUCAUCGUCCAGCGCAUCCCUAUUCAUGUUGCCCAACGCUAUUCUGUCCUUGUGCACGCAAACCAAUCCGUUGGAAACUACUGGGUCCGCGCCACUAUGAACACCGAGUGCUUUAAUGCUCCCAACCCAGCUUUGGACGAGCACAUCAAGGCCAUUAUCCAUUACGCUGGGGCACCCACUAUUCAGCAAGCGGACUCGGUGGAUUGGGGUGCUUCCGGUUGGUCUCCCACUUGUGUUGACUUAAGCUUGGAAAUGCUGAAGCCCUACUUUGCCCAGCCUGCACCCAACGCAACUGUCCAGAUCCAUAUUGCCACGUCCUUCCAAACCGUCCGCAGCGACCAUGUCAACUUGGGCUACGUGAAUGGUACAUCCUGGACGCCGCUCAUGAACGACACCACUCUUUACCAGGCUCAGAAGAGCAUCACCGCAUACGAUGCCUCUCAAUUGGUGGUGACCCUGAAUUCGACCGGAGUUGUUGAGCUGGUUAUUAACAACUAUGACGAAGGCGCACAUCCCUUCCAUUUCCACGGCCACAAUUUCUAUGUUCUGGGCUGGGGUGGUGGCAACUAUAUCCCCGGUAAGUCGCCACUAGAGCUGACGAAUCCGCUGAGGCGCGACACCAGUACGGUUCCUUCGUUUGGAUACACCGUCAUUCGUUUUGUAAACGACAAUCCAGGUCUGUGGGCCCUUCACUGUCAUAUCGAAUGGCAUAUGGAGGCAGGCCUCAUGAUGCAGAUCGAGUCACUUCCUCAAGUGAUCAAGACCUUUGAGAUCCCUCCGGAAAUGCCUGCUAUGUGUGCUUUCAAGUCCAGCCCAUAA